UAACUUACUCAUACUCCAGCCCGAGGAGAAAAAAACCGAAACUACAGAGAGAGCUAGAAAUGGGAAUCACAGCAAAGUCCAAGGCUAAGAGUAGCAACGAGAAUUGGGGUAUGGGAUUGCUUCUAGUCUUCUUCCCCGAAGAAAACUCCGCCGCCGCCGUCACCUCCACCACCACCACUCCUACCGCCAUUGUUGAUAAAGUUAACAAUAGUCCUUUUUCUUCUUCAAACCUCAAUACUAAUUCCAAAACCAUAAAAAGAACCAAUUCUAAUAACCCAAUUCUUACGAAAACCCAGUCCACCAUUUCUAUUUGCGCUCUUCUAUUGUUUCUUACCCUUCUUCUUUUCACUCUUUCCACUUUCGAACCCACCACCGCCAUUAAAACACCUCGAAGAUUUCUUUCCGACAAUAAUAAUAGUAAUAAAUCUCAGAUUAACAAAUUCAAUAACCACCACACCUCCAACACUGGAAAAUCUUGGUUUUUCAAGAUUUGGAGUAACAAUCGUCCCAGAAAUGGUACUAAAUUUCAGUUUGUUUCUACUUCUGCUCUUCAAGGAAUGGGUAAGCUCUAUUGCCGUGGAACCAGGGCCAUGAACGAUCUUGUGGUUGCUCAUGUAGUUGAAGACACUAACGAAGAUGAAUUCAAGCUUUUCUUGCGACUAUUAUUGAGGUCAGGUCUUUUUGCUAAAGCUGAUGUCGUUUUUAUUUUCGGUUCUUCGUCGUCUUCUUCAAGAUUCGAUGGUUUGAUUAAACAAGAGACAGACUCGUUUUUGAAACUCGUUCAUUACUACAAAGAAUUGAACUCAACGAGUCGUGACUCGGUCUCGGCGAGUUUAAGAUUCGAUGUGACUCAUUUUGUUAAACAUGGGAAGAAGGAAAUGGGAGAGCCUUUAUGGGGGAAGAGAACACGGGUUAAUAACUUCAAUGAAUCAGAAGAAAGUGGCAGUCAGUUGACUCGGUUGAGUUAUGGAUCGGUGGUCGGUUUUGAAGCAAAUGAGCUCGACCCGGAGAACUCGCUCGCCGGAUUUUUAGACCAUGUACCGAUGAGUUUAAAAAGAUGGGCAUGUUAUCCAAUGUUGCUUGGUCGAGUUCGAAGAAAUUUUAAGCACAUAAUGUUAGUAGACGUGAAAGCCUUGGUUUUACUGAAUGACCCACUCGGCCGAGUCAGGAAUCAGAGUCCUGAGUUAGUGUACAUAUCAACAAAACAAGAAACAAGUAGCUCAAGCAAGCACAGUAAAAGAAACAUGGACAAGAGUCAGUCUCAUACACAAGUUAAUUCAGCGAUUUUGAUGGGUGGAGCAAGGGGAAUUCGAAGGCUUUCGAGUGCAAUGCUAACUGAAAUUGCUCGAGUUGCAAUGCAACACAAGGCAAGGAAGAAUUUAGUUACAGAGUCAGCAAUACUGAGUCAACUCGUUAGUAAUGGGCAUAUAUUGAAGAACAUUGAAUUGAUGACGUCAAGUGAGCCAAUCUCAGAACCGAGUUCAGUGAGUGGGUCAAACUCGUUUUGGUUGGUUAAUUAUAAAAUUAUCCAACGUGGCAAUGCUAAUCAUGAUCUUAAUUCAAUAAUUAUGAAGCAUGUAUGUUCAUGUGAAGUAGAUUCUUCUGUUUAUAGAGAUUGCUAGCAAGCAAAUAAGAAAGGGAAGGAGAAUAGAAUUUUAGGUAAAAGAAUACAGAAUAAGGGACAUAAGGGUUUUUUGUUGUUUCUACAGUUUAUUCUAUAGUUGUCUUUUUGUAUUUAUUUUCUUUUUUUAAUUUUAUUUUUCUCCAAUGAGUUUUGUUUUUACAUGUAAA